UUAAAACGAGUGAUUACGAGGUCGAAGCGCAAAAGUGGGCGAUGUGAGGAGUUAAUCUCUCCGGCGUACAGUCUCUCAGCAGCCUCAAGCUGCAUCUUUUCUACAAAUUCAAUCGAUUUCCCCCCUCAGCAAGGCCUUUACACGCAAGCGCCCGUCCACCACGACCAUCUCGCUAGCCAUCUGUAGUCCGCACCACCAACCGCUAGCCUGCGCUAUGAUUACAGAGCACCAAGGUGUGGCAGCUGCUGUCGCCAUACUUUUCGGUGGUCUCUCUGUCGUUGUAUACCGCCUGUACCUCCAUCCUCUCAGUAAAUACCCCGGGCCAGGGCACUAUGCUGCGUUCUACCUACCGUUCCUGUACAGAAACUGCAUCCGCGGUGAUUUCUCCGUGGUAGAGGUUGAAAGGCUGCAUGAAAAAUAUGGCCCAAUUGUACGCGUCGGCCCCAAUCAUCUGUCUAUUGAUGGCAGCUUGGGAUGGGAGCCAAUCUACGGCUCUGGCCGGGGGAGCAAGCCUGAGUGUCUUAAGCAAAAGGGCUUCUUUGCCGAGUUUGACGCCAACUCGAUGAUUAACGCUCCGACAGAGGUGCAUCGGCGCCUGAGAAAGAGUCUCGUUCCUGGAUUCACAGCAGCUUCUCUCAAGCGCCGUGGCCACGUAGUGGAGAGAUACACGACAGCACUCAUGGAUCAGAUUGCCAAGCGCGAGAGCUCAGGUGAGGCGUUUGAUAUUGGAAAGUGGCUCAACAUGUCGACUUUUGACAUUAUUGUCCACUUGGUGCUCGGGUCUCACAUGGGGUGCUUAGAGAACGGCGACUAUCAAGAGUGGACGGGGUCCGUGCCUGACCACUUCUUUGCCGCUGCAUUCCGAAGAAUGCUUUACGAAUUCCCACCAUUGCUUCGCAUAAUCAACUUUCUUGGCUUAAGUUCUCUGCUUAAGAAGGAAGGGCAGCUCAUGGGUGGCAUCCACAGCACCAUCACCCGCGCACUUGAGAAUCCUGCAUCCACGGAAACUGGCGAUGCCUUAAUCUCAGACGUUACGAUCUCAGAUACGGAUCCUACUGCCAUCUCCAACUUGGAAUUUGCCACGUCGUGCAUUACUAUUCUCCUUGCCGGCAGUGAAACUACAGCAACCACCUUGGCCGGCCUCAUCUACUUUUUGGACAAGAAUCCAGCUGCCAAGGAAAAGCUGCAGAGUGAACUGUCCAUGUUCUCGGAUCGAAGCGCUAUGACGAUUGAAAGCACAAGGAAUCUGCCGUACAUGCUUGCAUGUAUUAACGAGACGCUGCGUCUGUACACACCAGUUCCCGAGACUCCUCCGCGUCAUACCAAGGACGUCCGCAUCAACGAUGAAGCGCUUCCGGAUAACGUGAAAGUUACCAUAUUUGCACGUGCGGCAAACCAAAGCGCAAAAUACUUUGCUGAACCAAAAGCAUUUUGCCCUGAACGCUGGCUUCCCAAGACGCAUGAACUCUAUGACAACAAAUUUGCUGAUGAUAACCUUGCAAUUGUUAGGCCGUUCAGCACAGGUCCUCGUGACUGUAUCGGAAAGGAACUCGCAUGGAUGGAGAUGCGAUUGUUUACGGCUCAAUUUUUCUUUGAGUACGAUUACAUGCUGGGAGAGGGAAGUGAGGACUGGCUGAACCAGCAGGGCUUAUUUGCAUACAUUCGACCACCUCUUAAUGUAACAAUACACAAGAGGGUGUAAAUAUGGUAUGUGCGUGAUAUAUAUUUGAAAUCAAGCAGGUUCAAUCGUUCUCCUGGGUAGCCCUCGCAUGCCCGAGCCACAAAAAUCAGUCAAAGCUAUAUGCAAAGUUUCUUUGUGAGAAAAUUUGUACAUCACAAAAGUUUUGAGCGAAACUCUUCCUUCUUGAUUUAUAAGGUUUA